AAUCCUCUUCAUAAAUUAAUACUACGCCUCUGUCUAUCUUUUCUAUGCAGGGUUUUGCGCAAAGUUGUUCUAGCGUAAAAAAACCGGCGCUUUCCGUGAGCUGGAAAACACAUGAUGGCCCAGGAUGCCCCAGAAAAGGAUCAAAAGUCGAUAGGGAUUUCCAACAACGCUGUCGAUGGAGGCGACAGCUCCGUUAGCAGUGCGCCAUCUCCCCCGCAGGAAGAAAAGAAGUCCGGGUAUGGUAAUGAGGAACACGAGUUUGAUGGCGGACUCACGGCCUACCUACAGGUGCUAGGCGCCUUCUUCAUGUUUUUCAAUUCAUGGGGCCUCAUCAAUACGUGGGGUUUAUUCCAAACCUUUUACGAGCAACAAAUCCUAUCCCACAUGUCACCAUCUUCCAUCGCAUGGAUCGGGUCCGUCGAAUCCGCCCUGCUCAUGUUCAUCGGUGUCAUCACCGGCCCGCUCUUUGACGCCGGAUAUUUCUACACUAUGAUACUACUUGGAACAUUUAUGGUUGUAUUCGGGUUCAUGAUGACAAGUCUCGCCUCUCAAUAUUAUCAAAUCAUGCUCGCCCAAGGCAUCUGUGUCGGGGCUGGCGCCGGUUGCUUGUUCGUACCAGCUGUGGCUUUAUUACCUCAAUAUUUCAGGAGACGGCGCGCUUUGGCAAAUGGAAUUGCUGCAUCGGGUAGCAGCAUUGGCGGUGUCCUAUAUCCCAUCAUGUUUGAUCAUCUCCAACGAGAAAUCGGGUUUGCUUGGGCAACUCGGGUUCUUGGGUUCAUGGCUUUGGCCACUUGCAGCAUCUCAAUCUCAGUAAUGCGCGUGCGCUUCAAACCAAAAGAAAGGCGGGCUCUUCUUGAACUAUCUGCAUUUAAGGAAGUCCAAUUCAAUCUUUUCUGCGCGGCACAAUUUUUGGGAUUUUUGGGCUUCUACAACUACCUCAUUUACGUUCAGCCAUGGGCGAUCCAAAAAGGAAUUGUAUCUGAGAGCUUGGGGUUCUACCUUGUCCCGAUUUUAAACGCUGCCUCAACUUUUGGGCGUAUAAUGCCAAACAUGAUUGCAGAUCACUCAGGACCUUUGAACAUGCUCACACCUGCAGCAGCAGUAUCGUCACUCUUGGCCUUCUGUUGGAUUGCAGUCGGCUCAAGCACGGGUAUCAUAAUCCUGUCUUUGCUUUAUGGCUUCUUCUCCGGCGGCUUUGUCUCGCUACCCCCAGUCGUGAUGAUGACUAUCACCAGCGACCUUCGGAGUUUCGGCACUCGACUGGGAAUGUCUUUUGCUAUCUGUUCCAUAGCUCUACUGAUAGGUACACCAAUUGGCGGUGCUAUCCUAAGCAACACAAAUUCUUACAUUGGUGUUCAAUCUUUCUGCGGGGCUUGUCUUGCCUCGUGCGCUUUACUUAUGUUUACGAUCCGUGUUAUUCGCAGCGGUCCCAAGAUUCUUUAUCGAACAUGACCAGCAACUGUUCUAGGUCAUUAAAAGCAUAUAUACGCACAGCAUAUUCACAGCACAUUCAGGCGUCAUUUUGGCUCUUAUUUGGGAGGAGAAAAUACAUCACUACAUAUACUCAUGAUCACAUACAUAGAUCAACUCUUGACGCUUUGUAGCACCUUGUUGCAUUGCUGGCUGGGUUCCAACUGAUGCAUAAUAUGAAUAUUCAAAAGUAAAUAGACUUACCUAAUGUCUAAGUACAUAAUAAAUGGGGAUACAUGAUGAAACAAAUGAAUAGUAUUGCCAAAAUUGCAUUGAAAAUAGUGUAUAUCGCUUGGUAAAUAUGUACUGCCGCUUCUGAGUAGAUCUAUAUAAAUACAAGGCAUAAAAUGAGGUCAGAAUCAUUCGGAGUCUGACCUGAAUCCCCAACCCCGACACGAAUAAAUACA